AUGCGCUUCGGUCGCACCCUGCGCGAGUCUAUCUACGCGCCAUGGAAGGACAAGUACAUCGACUACGCAAAGCUCAAGAGCUUGCUGCGUGAGGACGUCGCCGACGACGACCGCCCGUGGACCGAGGACGACGAGACUCGCUUCUGCGAGGAGAUCUUCAACAAGCAGCUCGAGAAGGUGGCCGAGUUCCAGGAGCAGCGCUUCAACGCCCUCAAGGAGCGCGUCGAUUCCGCCUUUGAGAAGCUCAAGGAGCUUGCUCCCGUCGAGUCUACCGAGGAUGACGGAACCAUCUCCAAGGGCGAGAUCUCGGCCUCGCGCCUGCGUGCUCUCGAGUCGGAGCUCGAUGACAUUACUAACGAGGUCCGCGAGCUCAAGAAGUACAGCAAUAUCAACUACACGGGCUUCCUCAAGAUCAUCAAGAAGCACGAUCGAAAGCGGGGUGAUCGCUACAGGGUCCGGCCCAUGAUGCAGCUGAGCCUCGCCCAGCGCCCCUUCAACUCGGAGACCGGCUACUCGCCCCUCCUCAACAAGCUGUCCAUUAUGUACUUUGCCAUCAGGCAACAGCUCGAGGAGGGCGGAGACCAGCUCCCUCCUCUGGAUCUCGAGUCCCAGGGCGAGACUCACAACGGCGAGCGUUACACCGCUCACAAGUUCUGGGUCCAUCCCGACAACCUUCUCGAGGUCAAGACGGUCAUUCUUCGACAUCUUCCUGCCCUUGUUUACAGCGAGCAGUCUGCCAAGGAACUUGAUGGCAGCGACUCGCCGUCCAUCACUUCGCUUUACUUUGACAACAGGCAAUUUGACCUCUAUGGCGAAAAGGUCAACCGUCAAGCUGAGGCUACUUCAUUGCGCCUUCGCUGGUAUGGACAGCUGACCACCCGCCCAGAGAUCUUUGUUGAGGAAAAGAUUGUGGACGACAAGGGCAGCAAGGAGCUCAAGUUCUCCAUCAAAGACAAGUAUGUCAAGUCGUUUGUGGACGGCGACUACAAGAUGGACAAGGCGAUCCAGAAGAUGAAGAGGCAGAGUUUCACGCCCGAGCAGGUGGACGCCUACAAGAAGACUGUGAAUGCCAUCCAGAACUUUGUCAAGGAGAAGAGUCUGAGCCCUGUUCUGCGGGCCAACUACGUGCGAACCGCGUUCCAAAAGCCCGCCGAUGAUCGCAUCCGCAUUGCCAUUGACACUGAUGUUGCCUUUAUCCGCGAGGACACUCUCGAUCGCGACCGCCCUUGCCGUGACCCCAACGAGUGGCACCGCCUGGACAUUGACGAUAGUGAGAUGACCUAUCCCUUCAAGAAGAUGAACCAGAGUGAGGUCAACCGGUUCCCCUAUGCUCUUCUGGAAAUCAAGCUGAAGGAGGACGGUCUCCGGAAGCGCCCAUCCUGGGUUGAGGAUUUGAUGUCUUCUCACUUGGUCCACCCCACGCCGCGCUUCUCCAAGUUUGUGCAUGGCGUGGCAGUUCUAUUUGAAGACUAUGUCAACAACUUGCCCUUCUGGCUUAGUGACCUCGAGGGAGAUAUUCGAAAGGAUCCUCAGAAGUCAUUUGAAGAAGAGGAGCAGCGUCGUGCUCAACGACACGAGGAUGUGAUGGCGGUGGGCAGCUUGAUUGGCGCGGGCGCAAAGUCGGGGUCGUACAAGCCUACACAGAGCUCCCCAGUGAGCAAGUCAUAUCUGGCAGAUCGCAUGUCCAAGGACUCGAUUGCUCAAGCCCUUAACAACCGAUCAUCUAGGGUCGCCAACGGGGAGGAGAAUGGGGAGAGCAGCUCCCGACAGCAGGAGGAGCAGCAGGAGAGGUCUUAUGGAACUCUCUCUUCGGUGAUCCCAGGUUUCUCACUGUCCAAGUACUCUAGAGCGAAGCGAGCAUCGCAGCAAGCUCUUCCCGAGGGCGUGGUGGCGCCAACUGAGUGGAUCAAGAACGCUGGCGAGCUCAAGGUCGAACCCAAGGUUUGGCUCGCUAACGAGCGAACGUUCCUCAAGUGGCAGCACAUCUGCAUCCUUCAGGGUGGUCUGGCCGUUGGACUGUACACCGCAGCCGGCAAGGAUACGGUUGCCUCGAUCAUGGGCCUUGUCUAUGUUUUGAUCGCCGUCUUUGCAGGAGCUUGGGGCUACGGCAUGCUUAGGGUGCGCCGAACCAUGAUCUUGGAACGGAGUGGCAAGGACUUUGAUAAUAUGAUUGGACCCAUGAUCAUCAGCGUCUCUUUGAUGGCUGCCUUGAUCCUGAACUUUUUCUUCCAGUAUCGGGCAGCUUUUGGACGGAUGAAUGAUGGUCAGGACGGAAGUGAGCCCUUGUCGGAAGACUUGAGGUAG